ACUCACUCUCCGACUUGAGCAGCCGUCCAUUACUGAUGCAGUACUCUUACUCCCCUUGCUCUGAAACGCACCCAUCUCAUCACCAUUCUCUCCGUCCCCUUCACUCCACAUGAGUCCUUCUAAAGCUUCUACCAGGCUACCAUGACCACCAAUCGUAAGCGGCCGGCGCAACUUAUUUGGAAAGAUCCAAUAGUAUCAAAAGUGUCCAGGACAAUCGACACCGAAGUGACGCCUCCAGUGCCUAGACACAGACUAGCAGCCAACUGCGAAAGUCAUGUUGGGCCUCCGCUUCUUAGUACACCAGCUCGCGCACUCGCAUCGUCUUCACGUCCAAGCAUUCAGUCACUUCCGCCAAGCGCAUCAAAAGUAGCAAUAGAGAACACUCCAUCGAGAGCUUCUCAAUCGUCCUUGGUCUCUCAGAAACUAGUCCAAAGAGUAGUACCAGAACUGUCACAUACAAGAUCGAUACACAGUCCGAUAAGCAUCGCCGAACCCGCAACACACAAACCUAGUAUACUUCAUCAGCCACAUCCCGACAGCAAAUUAUGUCAGGACUUUCACUGGGUGCCAUAUCCCCUCGGCCUCAUGCCGUAUAAUUCCUGGCAUCAUCUUCACCAUCGCGAAGAUGUUCAGCCAUCACUUCCCUUUGUUUGUCCUGUGUGUCGAAGGGAGCGGAAAGCGACGGCACAUAUGCGCAAAGUCUUCUUAGUUGCCGAACGCCUGACGUGGGAAGAAGGCUUAGUUUCAACACACGAGAAGGAUAUCAAUGAGGAGCUGAACUGGAAAUUCAACUACGAGCUCGGCGUUCUUCUCCCCUUUGUUGAAGACGCAGAACACGUGAAAGGUGGAAAGAAUAGUCGGGCCAACAUCUUCUACCCAUAUCAGAACGAGCAUGAGGCGAAACUUGCUCUGAGAUUCAUAUUCAUGACUGAAAAUGUUACUGAAACUUCAUGGGCCUUGUGGAUCGGCAUGCAGCUAGAUCUCGAGAAGAUGCUCGGCGAGCACGAGGGUUCAAACGUUGUGCCAAGCUCAUAUGAAUCGCUUCCGGAAGAACAGAAGUCUCCACAGCUGAAGGACAAUGUCACGCUUCUGAAGAAUGCUGAAGUUGAGUUGAUCGACGACACGGUGUCAGCUGACCGCGCGUCAGAGCCGUCCGCUUCCUCCCAUCAUAGCAACAAGCGCAUCAUGAGCUACCAAACCUUGCAAGACUUCUACUCCCUUCUCGAUAGGAUCGAGCGCACUUCCUACGUAGCAGCGUGGUUCCUGGAAGCGUAUGCUGAGAAGCUGAGGGACGACAUGUGCCAGGACUGCUGGUUUGAUCACAACGUCAAAGUUGACGUAUUUUGACAGACACUCGUGCGCCUGUUGUUUCUUGUUUGUGAUACCCACUUUGUUGUCUGGGUCGUGGUUGUAGCGGGGUUAUGGGGAGACGAUGCGGACAUAAUGCAGUCAGCGACAUCAGACUCGAUUUAUGCGGACUGUCCUAAAGGAACCAGGGCGGCCCUCUCUCGGUUUAUUGUCAGCGGGUAAUAUGCGGGCUUGCUUUGGCGGUCGAGGAAGCUGUGUCGCAGAGAUAUAGUCAAUAUAGUUACAGCGUUACGCGCUACCUACUGUGGCGGUGCAUUUACCUGAC